GAGGGCGCGGAGGGAUACGCGCUCGCGCGCGCCCGUCGCCUUUUGUUCGCGGCUGAGUCCGGCGGCGGUGGCGCGCCACGCUGGGCUAGCGCGGCUCUGUACAUUCCCGCCACUUUUAUAAUUUUCCACCAGAGAUAUCCACAAUUCUUCACCGUUUUCGUUACUACCGUCACGACGACGCUCGCUCGCGUGGGGGUGGUUUUCUGAGAGUCCCGGGGGCAACCGGGAGACCCCCCCCGCCACCACCCCCCUACCCACCAUCUCCAUCCGCCGCCGAGGUGGUGGAGGUGAUUGAGGCACCGACGGCGGUGUGCUUGUGGUAACUCCGCCUCGUCACAGAUCACUCACGCCAGCAGCAUGGAGAUCAAUGAGGGACAAGCGUCACCCUCUUCCCGGAAGCGUUUGGCCCUGGACGAUGGUGCAGUGCCACUGUCCAAGCGGUCUCGUGGGGGCCAUGAAGUGGGCGGUAGUUUGGUGGGAUUCGGAUCGUCGCCCACCCCCGUCUCGACUCCCCUGCAUGCCGGCUGCCCCCCCCAUGAUUCCACCGUUGCUGCCAUCGGCCGCGUCAGCGUUCUCGCGACUGCUGUAACAACCACCAAAGACGGAAACAACUCCGCCAAGCUGGAAGCCCUCGCAGUGAAUCCAGACAUUCGGACGGCUUCAGAAAAACCUUGGAAUUCUCACGGCAGCGGCGAUGCCGCUGAGAACAACACAAGUGAGGCCAAGUCAGCGAUGGCGCCUUCUCAGCGCUCACAGAAUGGCUCGUCCCUCGUCUCUGGUGCGCCGGUGGAUGCUGGAAAAUCGCCCACCAAAACAUCUGCGGCCAGAACCAUGGGCGUGGCCGGUGUCGGUGCUAGCCUCGGCGUAGCGCAGCCUGACGUAAAACCCCAUGCCCAACAUCACCACAAUCUUCACCAGCACCAGCAGCAACGUUCGGUGGCGGUGGUGGCUCCCACGGCAUUGUCCCAGUUUAAGCUCUCCCCGGGCAAGGCAGCGCUGUCGCAGGCAAAAUCGUCCGUACUGGUGUCACUGUCGCCGCCGUCUUCGGCGAAAUCGACAACGCCACAGCCAUCGUCGAGACCCAUGCCAUCUCUCUCGGCUCCGGUGUCGGUAAUUGUACGAAGCCCUCUGACAGAUGAAGGUGAUGCCAAAUGGCGGCAGCAGCAGCAGAACCAACAGCAACAGGAGCAGCGGGAGGGCGAUGCCGGAUCUCCCGAUCUUGGGGGGGCGCCACGACCAAAGCUGAAGAAGGAGUGGCUUUGUCGGCACACGGAGACAGGCAGCGGUACGGACGCCAUGGCGAUGGAGACCUACAGCGAAGAAUCCGCCAGGCCUGGUGCUGGCAGAGGCCAGGGGGGUGUGGAGGAACAGGGUGCUCGGGUGGAGGCAAUCAAGGUGGAGGUUGGGACAGGGGAAGAGAGGCCUAGGGGAGACGAGGAGGCAGAGAUGAUGGGCGAAGAGGAGAUGGAGGAGCUGGACUAUGAAAUGGUGGACAUGACACGUGGACGGUGGAUGGACCCCAAAUACAUGGCGGAGGGGAGCUUUGGCGUAUCAGUGCUGCGGGACUGGCGUGUCGUUCGCCAACUGCGCCUGAGUGGCGAGGCAUUCAUGCAGGACGGGGCCUGCGUGGAGAUCGCUCCGCACCUGCAGAAGUGCCGCGAGUGCCGCCUGCUGCGCUACCGUCGCCAGCACCAGCUCCGCAUGCAGCAGCAACGGGAGCGACAGCAGCUGCAGCAACAGCUGCAGCAACAGCUGCAACAGCAGCAGCAGGCCAACAACAGUGCCCAGCAGUCGGAGCCACAGCCGGAUAAGGAAAGUGAGGACAAGCAGCAGGACAAGCAGCAGGACAAGCAGCAGGACAAGCAGCAGGACAAGCAGCAGGACAAGCAGCAGGACAAACAGCAGGACAAGCAGCAGGACAGGGCGCAGUGCGAGUCUCCGCUGCCGAACAAGCAGCAGCAGCAGAUAGCGCCUGGUGCCGAGAAGCCCUUGCAGAAUGCGCAGCAGGAACCAGCAGCCGAGAGCGCGGAUGAGGUGCGGCCAAAUAAGGAUACGGCGCCUACGGGAGGUGAGGAGGAGCCAGCACCAGAGCAGCAGCAGGUGGUGGGUGGCUCUGGCAGCCCCGCCGUCGUGGCGGCAGCGCCAGCCCCCUUAACAGCAGCGCACGGCAUGACUGGCGUCGACGAAGAUGCCUCCGUCACGAAGGAGUCUGGGACGGCAUCGUCGCCAUCCACGGUCUUCUGUCGCUUCAUCCACUUCCGGAGGCUGGCGUUCAGCAAAACAGGGCAGCUGCGAAUCGAUGGGUUCUGCACCGCACGGCAAUGCGACCCCGAGGCACUCAGCCUAUGGACGCCAGGUGGAAUCAUGCUGGCAGCCACCUCCACGGACCCACCCCGGGAGGACUCCAAAUCCAACUCCUCAUCGUCAUCAUCGGGGUCUCUCGACCUGGACACGGCAAAAUACAUUCUGGCCAACAUCGGAGACCAGUUCUGUGAGCUCGUAAUGUCCGAGAGGGAGGCGCUCACCUGGCUGCCACAAGGAGCCAAGGUGGCGUGGAAGCGAGCCGUGCGAGGCGUGCGGGAGAUGUGUGAUGCGUGUGAGACUACGCUCUUCAACGUUCACUGGGUCUGCCCCAAGUGCGGAUUCGGCGUCUGCCUCGACUGUUACCGCAGCCGCAAGGACCGGCAUCCAGACGAAAUCAGCGAGGACGAGGAGGUGUUUUCGUGGCUGCGUUGCGUCAAGGGCCAGACGCACGAACCCGCCACACUCAUGGCCACACAGAUUAUACCCGGAAACGCCCUGUAUGACAUCAGCGAGCAGGUUCAUAUCAUGCGAGGAAAGUGGGGAAUCAAGGCAAACUGUCCCUGCUCGGGGCACCACCACCAUCAUCAUCACCACCACCACCACACCAAGGUGGCAGCAGACGCCGGCGGUGGCUCGGGGCAACCGUUGCUCGAGCCCGUGGCAAGCUCGGCAAAACUACGCGCUGAAACGCCGGCUCCAGAGAACCAGCAGCAGCCGCAGGAGAAGCCAGAAUCACAGGAGCGGACCUCAGAAACCCUGCAGCCAGAAGCGCCAGCGAACUCGCGGGCAGGAGACGCCGUCCCAUCAGUUGCUCCCGACGUGGCCCCCGAGCCGAGCUGUGCCACCUCUAUCUCCUCCAGCACAGGCGGCGCCCACAAAGCCAGCAGUGCCUCUACUGCCCUCAACACACAGCCAGACAAAGCUGCUUCUAAUUCAGAAGCAUCUCCGGCUUCAACUGCAUCUACUGCUGCUGUCGGUGCUGGUGCCGUCGGUACAGGUGCAGUCGCUGCUGUGCCACCGGUUGCAGCAGCCGAACUCCCGGUGACGGCGAGUUCCGAAUCUGCCGCCUCCACUGCAUCGCCGAACCCGCCAGCCCCUGUUGGCGCCGUGGACUCUGCUGCGCCACUGGCGCUGCCAGCUGCUGCCCCAGCUGGGUCCGGUGGAUCGGUGGCGCCGCUGUCACCGUUCCAUCGUGCCGGCUACCCGGAGCUGACCUCGGCCAUGCACUGGUUCGCAGACCUUGCUGCCAGCCGACCCAAGGCACAAGCCGGAGCCGAGCCGAACGUGAGCACCACGGCCAAUCUUGCAAAACCCGCGGUGGCAACGGCGCCAGCGGCAUCGGUGGCAGUGACAUCAGUGGGGCUGACGUCGUUUGCUGGCGCGGUGGGGAGCCCUCGUGGUGGUGGGGGGCCCAGUGGCUCUGCGGGCGUGAGGCUCCGAGAUUUGCUCAGCUGCACGGCCGGGAAGCUCAAACUACAGCCUGGGGAGGCCAUGCUGCCCUUCGCUCCCAUCAUGGCUGCCCAGCCAUCCCCCGGAGCCAAGGGGUCUCGCAGCAUGCCAAGUCUACUCGACGACAUCAUCGCCUCAGUCGUCGAAAACAAAUUCUCCACUCAGAAGCUAAUGAAACCCUCCGAGCAGCCAGCCAAGAGUGUGGCGCGAAGGCCGCUGGAGAGUGGUAUUGCCGACAGCCCACACUCGUGGCUGUGCGAUGGGCGGCUUCUGAGAAUCCACGAUCCCCAGCACCCACACAACUGGAAGCUCUUCCGAGAGUGUUGGAAGCAGGGACAGCCCGUGCUGGUGUCGGGCGUCCAUGCCAAUCUCGAUCCCGAGCUGUGGCGUCCCGAGGGCUUCAGCCGGGAGUUUGGUACGCAGGAAGCCGACCUGGUGAAUUGCCGCAGCUGCACAAUCAUCUCCGGCAUGAAGAUCCGAGACUUCUGGGAUGGAUUCGAGGACCUCAACAAGCGGCUGGUGUCUCGAGACAAGGAGCCCAUGGUGCUGAAGCUCAAGGAUUGGCCGCCCGGGGAGGACUUCAGGGACAUGAUGCCCAGCAGGUUUGAGGACCUCAUGGACAAUCUGCCACUCCCCGAGUACACAAAGCGGGACGGCCGUCUCAACCUGGCCGCCCGACUGCCCGAUUACUUCGUGAGACCCGACCUGGGUCCCAAGAUGUACAACGCCUACGGUCUGGCCUUGGAGGGCGACCGCAAGGUGGGCACAACCAAUCUCCACCUGGACGUGUCGGACGCGGUAAACGUGAUGGUCUACGUGGGCAUCCCCGAGACGCAGAAUAUCGACUUCCACCGGGAGGCCCUGCGCGCGAUGGAUGACGGCGACGUGGACGAGGCAACGCGACGGCGCGUGGUGGAGGGCCAGGAGAAGCCCGGAGCGCUCUGGCACAUUUACGCGGCACGCGAUGCCGACAAGAUCCGAGCGCUUCUACGCAAGGUGGGCGAGGAGGAGGGCCAGGAGAACCCCCCCGACCACGACCCCAUCCACGACCAGAGCUGGUACCUGGACCGCACACUCAGGCAGCGGCUGAUGGAGGAGCACGGAGUGCAGGGCUGGGCCAUCACGCAGUGCCUGGGCGACGCCGUCUUCAUUCCCGCCGGCGCCCCGCACCAGGUUCACAACCUGCACAGCUGCAUCAAGGUGGCGGAGGACUUUGUGUCACCGGAACACGUGCAUCACUGCUUCCGGCUCACACAGGAGUUCCGGCGGCUGUCUACCACGCACUCCAACCACGAGGACAAACUGCAGGUAAAGAACAUCAUCUACCACGCUGUGAAGGAUGCCAUUGCCACACUGCAGUCCCACGACACCAAGAGUGAGAACUGAAAAACCACAAGUGUGGAUUGCAGCAGGGGCGAGUGCAGUGGGGGAGCCGCAUGGUGGGGG